AUGCCGAAAUACAAAAGCAAGUCAAAAGUGAAGCGUGGCCAAGCUCUUCAAAACUAUUGGCAAUUGAGAAAUCAGCGGAAAUUCCAUUCAGAAAAUCUGGGCAAAGAUCCGUCAACUGAAUCUAAUGCAUUACAUUCAUCUACGACUAUUGCAAAAACUCACGUUCCGUUCGGUGUUGCAGUUGAUGAGGAGAUUCCGUUGCCAGAUAUUACGCAACAACAAGAUAACAUUUUACCGGAAUUAAUUAUUGAAAAGGAUCAACCAGAAACAGGAAAAAGAAAUAUAUCUGGCAGACGAAUUGUUGAUAUAAAAUACUUUUUUUCAAAAUUACAAGAAAUCAGCAAUCAUAGCCCAUAUAACUGUGGAGUACAAAGUUUAAAAAUUGUUGGAGAGAAACGAGUUGGACUGUCAUCCAAGUUUACUCUAGAAUGUUUAAUGUGUAAAGGAAAGUUUUUAUUAAAUAAUAUCCCAGGUGAUCUGAAAAAAAAUACAGAAUCAGUCGCUGGUGCAUCGACGUGUAAAGAAAAGUAUAUUGUCUCCGGUGAUCUGGACAUAAAUACAGCUGUGGUUGCCGGUGCAGUUUCUGUUGGUAUUGGCUACUCACAAUUAGAUGAAUUACUAUCAGCAAUCGAUUUACCUAUGAUGACUGAGCCUCUGUACCAAAAACAGCAUGAGUUUGUUUCUAACGCCUGGGAAAAAGCACUUGGUCAAUCCAUGCAAGAAGCCGCAGAAGAAGAAAAAAGGAUUGCUUUAGAAAAAGGUCGUGUAACCACUGGUGGCAUACCUAUUAUAGAUGUUAUUGCUGAUGGAUGCUGGAAGACUUUAGAUUUUUGCACUCACAAACUUUUUGAGGACAUUCAAACUGUACAUUUACAUGCCUUCGGAAACCACACCAACUGUAAAAUCCAUUUCUGUAAUCGUCGUCAAACUGAAACUGAAUCUGUACCAGCGGAUUUUUUCACAAGUUCUUUAUGGCAGAGAAUAUGUUUUAUUAUAAAUAAUAUUGCUGACCAUUCAAGAAGUCUUGUUCAUGAUGUUGAAAGUAACAUCGUAGAAUGUUUUCACAGCAUUGUGGCCAAGUUAGUUGGGGGUAAAAGAGUAAAUUACUCUCUGCGAAGCGGCUAUCAAGCUAGAUGUUCAGCUUCUGCGGUUACGUUCAAUACUAAAAGAAAACCUACUACAAUAUUGUACAAAACGAUUGUAGGCAAAAGCCCUAAAGGCCGAAUGAGCACUUUCGAUAAUAAGUAUCGGAAACUCAGAGGCUUGAAGAAACGCGCCAAUUAUAAAAAGCCGCAGAAGACGUGUGACGCUAUAACUCAAAAUAAAGAUUAUGGUGAACAAAGCUCUAAACCGGAUGUGGGUGAAGAUGUUCUUAAUUUAAUGAAGGAAACUUUUUUAUCCAAUUUAAAAAAAAGUAAAGAAGAAAGAACAUGGAUUGAGCGGCAGACCAUUUUGCAAAGCGAGUCUAGCGAAUGGCUUGAACUUAGACGUUCUUUGUUGACAGCUUCGAACUUUGGCAAAGUGAUCAAAAUGAGGCCGGAUACUAUUUGUGCCAAUAUAGUAAAGCAAUUGCUGUACAAAAUUAAUAUAGAUGCCGUUCCUUUGCAGCACGGAAGAGAAUAUGAAAAAAAGCGCUACAACAAUUAUCUAUGCAAGAAGCAGUGGAUAUAA